CCAUUCACUACCUGUACCUCUAUCACCCACAUACCAUUCAUUACCUGUACCUCUAGCACCCACAUACCAUUCACUACCUGUACCUCUAUCACCCACAUACCAUUCAUUUGUACCCCUCUAACAAACUCUUCAUCACCUUACCCCUCUCACUCACUUACCAUUCACUACGUGUACACUCCUCACUCACAUACCAUUCACCAACUGUACCCUUCUCACUCACAUACCAUUCACUAUCUGUACCCCUCUCACUCACAAGAUGAAGAGAGAUACGUUGCAGUUUCAGUUGGAGUUUGACUCUGGGUUUCAGCAGUUUGGAGUCAGGAACCUUCAGGGUGUAUUUUCCUUUUACCUGGAUGAGUUUGACACAGCUAAGGACAUAUUUGUGAGCAUCACUCAGGAUGACCACAAUAACCUAAAUGCCUGGGCCAAUCUGGCUUAUGUGUAUGAUAGGCUGGAUAUGGAGGACCAGGCCUCCCAGUGCACAGAUAAACUGUCCCAUCUGAUGGGACUGGAGGAAGAGGACAGUAAAGAGGUCAGGCUGAGGGCAGCUCGCUGCCUGGCAGAGCAGGGUUAUGCCCAUGCCUUUGACGUGGGACUCCUGAAUGAAGAGGACAACAUGGAGAAGCUCAUGGCUGGCAUUAGCCUGUAUGAGAAAGCUCUGGAAUAUGGGAAGCAUGAGAUUCCAGUGGAAGAGAAGAGGAGUUGGUUUUUCACUAUGGCGUCUCUAUGUAUGAGGUUGGACAGAUUAUUGAUGAAAAAAGAAGAUGCUGAGAUGAGCCGGCUGAUAAAUUUUAACAAAACACUAAAUCUGCUUAGAGAAUCUGUCAAAUCCUCCAGCUGUCAUUACAAAGCCUUGGCGUGGUGCUAUAUUGGGAUGAUGCUAGAAAAACAACAAACCUUUUCUACCACUCCAAUGGGAAUCCACGACUGUGGGUAUUCAGGAAAAGAUCCACUUGACUGCUUCGGAAAGGCUUUGGUAGAUGCAAAGGAUGAUCCACUGAUACUUAACCGAUUGGCAAAAAUCUUUUAUUUUCUGGGAAAACAAGAUAUGGCCAUUGGCAUCUGUAAUAUGGCUCUUGAUGCGCUUCAAGAUCCAAAACGGAACUGGCAAGCAUACAGCACACGUGCUCAGAUCUUCAUCAAGAUGUAUGUACGAGAUCUAGAACGCGCAAAGAUGGGGCUUGGAGGAAUGCCAGACCGAGAAUAUCUCACUAACGCCAAAUCUGACCUAACCAGCAUUCUAAACGUGUAUCCUUGUCUGAAGACAUACUUUGAUAUGGGACAGGUGUGUUACUACAUGGGUGUGGACGCAGUACAGGAACUGUUAGUGGUUGAUGAAAAUGCUCUGGACACGGCCCUAGUGUGCAUUGCUAAAGCCACAGAGUUUGAUCUUGGGGACAUGUUGCCUGAAAUCCAGCUGCUGAAGGGAAAGUGUCUUAGAGUCAAAAACGAAGAACAGAAUGCCAUAGAGUGUUUCAAACAAGCUAUACAGCUGGACAACAAGGGAUUUCUAGGCACUGAGAGCUUCAGGUACCUGAUGGAGAUGCUCCUCAGCCUGUAUAGCCAGCACAGCAUCAGUGCUGAGAAUCUGACACAUGAAGUGGAGUGUUGGGUAAAAAAAGCCCAGGAGAUAUACACGCCAGAGAAGGUCAGUCAGGAGCUGCAGGUUGUGUGUCGGAACAACACAGCAGAAGUUGUUAACCUCUCCAAAGUAAUGAUAGGUGCUGGCAAAAUGGACUUGGUAAAGCUUUUGUUUCAGUCUAUGAAAGUAAAUGUGAGAAAGCCAGGACUAAGCUUUCGUUCUUCCUCCUUUUAAGUUGCACACAUAAAAAUAACAAAACCCUUUCUGAGAUGUGAAAAAAUGGCCUGAGAAAAUUCAGCUGCCUUAUUGUGAUCCAGAGAAACAUGGACUUCAGAUUUCAGAAAUAUUACUUUUGUAAUCCUUGUUCUACGGUUUAGAGUCACAGCUGUAUAAUUAGUGUCCCAUUUAAUAGUUGGCACUCAGCCAAGUUCUUUGGGGCUCCAUAAGGUUAAAAGUCUGACAACAGAUGGGCCUGGGAAGUGUAGUGACCGCUACUGAAUUGUGGAUUAAAACAUUACUUUCUGCCUUUGGAAAACCUGGUCUGACAUUAGACUUCCUUUGCUGCCCUCUUACUUUUAUAAGAAUGAAGCAGAAUCUGCUGGUCAUGAAAGUUUAUUUCACAUCAAUAAAUUCUCACAUUGAGAAUAUCCAGUUACAGAAGAAAAUCAUCUAUGUUCAGUGACGCAUUGUCCUUAUUGUAUAUGGAAAUAAAACAGCUUCCAGAGUUGCUACAUAUUUACAGCUUUAAACAAGUGUUCAGGUCUGACAUUUAUUCUCUAGAUGCUGCUCUGUGUACAAAUUCUGACAUGUUACCUGUUGAAAUAUUAACUUUUGUAGUAUGUGAAAUCUUAAAUAGUUCCAUAUCUGAGUCAAGGUUUAUAUGAUACAGUAUUAUUAAAUGUUCUUUUCAAUAAA